AUGGCCUUUGACCUGCAGGACGAGCCCUUUGCCGCCAAGACGGAACGAGUGCCGCGGGUAACGGGGGGCGCCGCAGCCAAGACGUGGGCGUGCGGCCGCUCCGACGCCCUGAGAGCAGCGCUCGGCGCCGACAGCCCUGUCAAGCGGCGACUAUUCCAAGGGGUGCUCGUUCUUCGCGGGCGCCACGGACCGCCCGUCACUGGACAUUGUCGCCGUUCCAUCGCUACGCCGGUCCCGAGUCCUCCAGACCCAGCCAAUGGGCCGACAGCUACGCCAGCUGGCUCUCCGACGCGGGCGGGCGGCAAGCCCGUCUUCCUCGAGGAGUGGGGGGUCGACGCGGGCGUCCUCGACCCCCGCGUCCGAGCUCCCCGCCAAUACGGCCCGACAUGA